UUAGAAACGAGCAUCCUGCGGCAAAGCACAGCGAACACACAUUCUAAUUUAGGCUACGAUUAUUUGUAUUUUAUUUAGGAUAGGCCUAUUGUAGUUAUUUAUUUUUAUUAAUAAUGAGCCUUAUUGAAUAGCAUAAUAACAACCAACAUAAGCCAAGCCUGUGUGGUGCGCGCGUAUGAUCAGUUUUAUCGAGAUGGUAUGAACGUCACUCGGUCAAGGUCCACUCUCCCGAUGCGAGUACCAAGAUUGGAUUGCUUUCCUAUGGGCCGAGAAAAUCUGCCUCAAGCGUUUGCAUAAAAUUAAAACAAAUUCCAUUAUUAAAGGGAGAAUUUGGGAUCCUGAUUACUGUUCUAAUCUAGAAUGGAAGCCCUCUGGCACUGGAAGGAGGCGGCCACACUGAAAAGAGAACUUUCAUUGCCGAAAAUAUGGAUGCAUGGAUUUUGUGAAAAUGUAUGACACAAACGACAAGUGCUUCGUAAUCAUCUCAUUUCAGAGUAAUUAACGCGGAUUGCUGACGGAUGAAAUUCGUUGCAUCAGACUGAAUGGACUGUAGGCCUAUUGAUGGAGCUUUGCUAGGCUACCACCAGAAGAUAAAAUAGGCUGCCAGAUUUAAAUCUACAACAAAAACAUCUUUUUUUUUUUUUUUUUAUCAUAGGCAUAUUUGUGAGCUUUUGAAUCAUUUGGAAUCGUCCGUUUCAGAUUUAAAAUAUAUAUAUAUAACUCUCUGAUGUUGUGAUUCUGCCUGUUACAAGGCAAUUUAUUUUACCAUAUCAUUGUCGGUUUGAAAGGCAAGGAAAUAUUGUCAUUUGGGCUACCUACUGUGGACUUUACACAUAUGUCACUAUACUGAGUUGAACGUAAACUGUCAGUAUGUCGGCGGUAAUGAUCACACGGAAGGCACGAAAAUGGGAAAAGCUCCCGGGGAAAAACACUUUCUGCUGCGAUGGACGCGUAAUGAUGGCCCGGCAGAAAGGCGUCUUCUAUCUAACCGUAUUUCUUAUCGUCGGCACCUGCUCCUUGUUCUUCGCAUUCGAGUGCCCAUACCUGGCAAUCCACCUGUCCCCUGCCAUCCCGGUCUUCGCUAUCGUCCUCUUCCUCUUCGUCAUGGCCAUGCUGCUAAGGACCAGCUUCAGUGACCCGGGGGUGUUGCCGCGUGCACUCUCCGAGGAGGCCACCUUCAUCGAGAUGGAAAUUGAGGCGGCUAAUGGGAAUGUCCCGGCUGGGCAGCGGCCUCCACCUCGGAUCCGCAACGUCCAAAUCAACGGGCAGAUUGUCAAACUGAAGUAUUGCUACACCUGCAAGAUCUUCCGACCGCCUCGCGCCUCACACUGCAGUAUCUGUGACAACUGCGUGGAUCGUUUUGACCAUCACUGCCCCUGGGUGGGCAACUGUGUGGGCAAGAGGAACUACCGCUACUUCUAUCUGUUCACUCUGUCCCUGUCCCUGCUUACCAUCUACAUCUUCACCUUCGGCAUCGUACACGUGGUGAUGCAACCUUUAACUAUGUGCUCUACAGGCUCGGUGGACUCCGGGUUUGUGAAGACACUGCAGGACACACCUGGGACUGUGCUGGAAGUGCUGGUGUGCUUCUUCACCUUGUGGUCAGUAGUGGGACUGACAGGCUUCCAUUCUUAUCUUAUCUCCCUCAACCAGACCACCAAUGAGGAUAUCAAAGGCUCGUGGUCGGGAAAGAACCGGGUGCAGAACCCCUACAGCCACAAGAACAUCAUCAAUAACUGCUGUGAAGUGUUGUGUGGGCCUGCAUACCCCAGUGUCUUGGACAGAAGAGGACUGACGCAGGAUGAUUUGCCUGUUCCCGCAUCCACUGCCACCAAGAGCAAUCCAGUGCCACAGACCACAAGAACUACAGCUCCACUCAUCCCCAACGAGCACACCCCUGACGACGCCAAGCCCAGCAUCGCAGACUUGGCCAUCGCCCACGCAGAGAAAAUAAGCCCCUCCCCCAAGGAGGAGAAGCCGCCCACUCCGCCCAAAGCCCCGGUCAUUCCCAAAUCACCACCCACUCCCACCAAAGUCCCGCCCCUGGCCUCACCUGAAACUGACGUGGAGGCCUCCAUCAUUAUUGCCAAGGAGAAGGCGCUCUAGCUGUGUGGUGGGGGUGAAGACUCCUUCUUUGCGCCGCCCAAAGUCACAGCUUAUCACUAAAACGCUCUGUCUGGACCUGUGAGGAGACACUUUAAUCAACCUCUAAAUGAGUGAAAAGCAUCUGCCUGUAAUGAGUGGGGAAUGACUGUAAGGCUCUGACUCCCUGCUCUUUCCACCAGAUAUGCAGAGUUGGUGCCCACACCAAACCCUGCUUCCCCCCCCUAACUCAGUGACUGCAGGACUGCUUGAUUGACAUUCACACUCCAGAAGGGUGGGGGAUUGGGGGUUGGUGGCUCAGCACCUUUCUCGUUCCCCUGAACAUUGCAUGGAAAAACACAGAUGAUGGGGAAACUGUGGGAAGAACUGCGAUAUCACUGGAUGCAGAUGACUGUAUAUCCCCGGGUAGUGUGAGGCUGAGGGUGUCCUAAAAUAUGCACCGUACCUAGACGUCUCUGGCUUAUGGCUAACUGUAGACUCAUUGAUUUGUUAAUUCUACUUUUUCUGUAUUUUUGUUUUAUAGCUGUGAUGAUUACUUUAAAAUGUGAAAAAGCCAGUUCUAACAUACUAGCUUUUGUGUUGUAAAUCCUCUAACACAUACACACUAUUAGUCCGUUCUCAUCUUCUCUUGUACUGAAGCACACCGUACAGGCCUCUAUGCAAUUAAUGGGAAAGUUGGCAGUUUGGAUAAUGAGGAUAUAAGGAUUGACAGCCGGUUGUAAGGUGUGUUUUAACAGUAAAACAUAGUGGCGAAAGGAAACCCUUACCAUCCUUUAUGGUUGAGAUAGAGGCAAGAUCUCAGACACCAUUUUGUCUCUCUUCCAGUAAGUGAAACUACCUGAUUUACACUGAUAUUGCUGCAUUUAGUUCUAUCCUAAUUAACAUAUCUGACUAGAUUUGUUGAGAUAAAGGUGCAGCCUCGGCUACCUUCCUUCCAUUUUUAUACUGUUAUAGCAAAAGGUAAAAUCUUCUGGAAUGGUUGAAAGUCCACAUUUUUGCAGACCGUUUGCAGGGGUACCCUCACAGAGUUCCUGUAUCUAGCAUUAGAAGUAGACACUUUGCCACUGUCCCAGAGUGUGUGACUGGGUAGGUGUGUGUUUUCAGUGUUGGGGGCAUUUCAAUUCAGUCAAUUAAGAAAGUAAACUGAAAUUCCUAUUCCAAGUAAACAAAAAAAAAAAAUAGGAUUUUCUGUUUACCCUUUGACUCGACUGAAUUUAUAAUGGGCACUCCAACGUGUGUGUGUGUGAGAGACAGAGAAGGCAUGAUUGCUGUUCACAGUAGACACUAGUUACAGUGCCUUAUCAAGAAGCUGCACUAUCACAUGCAACUAUAACUAAGGUUGUCUAUCUACAGAGAGACCCUUAGACUCCAGUUCAUGGCUCAGCACUCCAAAUCGUACAUGCAGACUGUCCAACGAGAAAUAACAUCACUUUUUAUAAAGUUACCAAUGAGACUUUGAGACUGCAAAAUAAGAAGUAAAGCCAUUGUUUAAAUGUACAUACUGUAUGUAGGUGUUAAAAAAACUAUUGGAUCUAUUGCUGAUGAAAAGAGAAGAUUCAGAGAAGAGACCCAGGUUGUCUCUGUUUUUGGAAAGUGCAUGUGGCCAGUGUUAGAUAUUUGCCUGUAGAUGAAGGCCUGCCCUGCUUCUUGCAAGUCGUGCAACUCCUGAAUUUGUCCUCCUAGCUUCCACUGUCAACUUGGUGUCCUUGCUCCAUGUCAUGAUCCACAUCUUUUCACACAUCUGUUAAUUUCACACCAAAUGGAGCAGAGGAUUAUGGGGGUUUGUGAGAGAUGGGCAAGGUGGGUGAGAAUUUCAGGUGCUUCAGAGACAACUCGAAGGGACAGGAUUCACAAAGGGAUAGUCAGUGAGAAUGGCUUGCUUGACUGUUGGGUGAUAUGUUAAACUGAUAUUGGUUGGAGAGAGUUUGUAAUACUCGUUGUGUUGUAUGCAAGGCAGAGUAAUUGUGAUGUAUACUUGUAUAGAAACAUUAGUAUAAUAGCUUUGACAGUGUCAUUCAGCCUUUUCAUAUGCCCAAGAUAAUUGUCCCCCACGAUGAAAUCGGGGAGGGGACUGUAGAUCUGUCUCCGUCCUUUCAUUCGUACGUUAGUCACACGUGAUAUCUCAGACCGCACUGGGCCAAUUUUGACGAAACUUGAGUGAAUGAUGCGUCAUGCCAUAGAGAUCCGGUAUUUACUAAAUUACACUGAUUGGCCCAAAGCGAAAUGUUAGUCACACGCAUUAUCUCAAUUGGCCCAAGUGAGGGCACUGCAUAAUUAGUGGGGAACGACAUGUUUACUUUUGCCUUAUUUAAAUAUGACCAGAACAGAAUGAUACUGAAAUAAUCUGAUUUAAUGAAUGAAAAGGAUUGCAGAGCUACUGUAUAUGUUGAUUUCAUUUCACAAAGAUUCUCCUUUCCAGUGAAAAAGUGUAUUUGAAUUGGGAAUGUGAGUAGGGGAGUUACUAGUUGUUUCCAUCUAGGCCCUUGCAGUGUUUUUUUAUCACUUUAUUUUAAAUCUGGAGUAGACUAUCAAACAAUCCAGUGAAGGUCAUUGAAGGGAUUAUUUUAGGGAAGGAAAGAUAAAAGCCAAAUCCAUAUUAACUUGUGUAGUCUACAGAGUCUGUAAGGUUGCUUGUGCUGAUGUGUAGGGUGAAGUUGCCCCUGAUCUUUGGUCAGUUUAGAAUUUUCCCCACCAAUGAUCUCUGCGUCCAGUAUGAAUGAUGUUGGAGGUAGUUUCGCUAGGCAAUGCUAACUAGAGUUAGCAACUUCCUUCAAACUGCACACAGAGACAUAAAAAUGGUAUCCACGAGUUCAUCUGACUUUGGGGAAGUAGAUAAAGGGCGUCAUUGCCUAAAUCCCAAAGUAUCCCUUUAAGGUUAGGAUUGGUGAGGGGAAGACGAUCCAACUGUAGAUCUGUACCUAGGGGAAGUUUCACCCCGGAACUGCUGAGAAUGUAAGCCGCCUUGUGAAAUGGACAACAAAUGGUUGUUUUAAUCAAAGAGUGGUGUACAUUAUUUCCUGAAUUUAUGCGUGUGCAUUGAGAAGGCCUUUCAGGAAAUGUAUUCUAUUUUCUUUUUUUUUUAAAUCUAUUUUUGUCUUUCGGAGCAGUUGUUAGGCCUACCCUCAAACCAAUCCUCCUAUCAAUUGAAGUAGAGUUUUUGUCCCUGAAUAAUAUUAGGUUCUGACCAGUUGUUGUAAAAAUUCUCUUUCAGUAGAUAACUGUGCUGCUGCAUUGCUGUCAAUGAAAAGUGUGACUGUAUUGGUGAUUGUGAUUAACAAAUGAAAAAGGGAAUGUUAAAGUUUAAGCUGGUUGAAAGAUAAUUGAACGGAUCGGACCCUUGUACUAUUAAUGUUAUCUCUAUGGACAUAUAGUAAUAGUCUAUACAAUGACUUGAGAAGUUUGGAAUUGGUUAUCUCAAUGUUGAGUUAAUGUUUGGAUGUAUGAUUUUGAUUUAUAAUGUGAAAAUUACUCUACAAGGGUCUCCGAUCUGAAUGCUCUGAUCUACAUAAGACCGUACAUAAUGUAUACAGUAGAUACAAAACCACUGAUGGAAUUGUAUUUGUUGACUUUGUUUAGUAAUAACACUGUGAUUACGUAUAUUUCAUGAUAUUUCCCUCACUUCUUUUUACAUGAUUGAUUGACGUGUCUGGUAAUUAAAGGAUAUUGUAUUAUUA